AUGAGAACACCGCCAUCAGAUAUGAGAGGAAUACAAAUGUUCAUAAAAAGUCUUCAAGAUGAAAAAAUCUUCACCUCCUUACCGAAACAUGACGUCAGUUAUGUCAGUCAAAUAAGGAUGUAUGCAACUAACCAAUUUAGCAGAGUGCUGGAUAACAAUGCAGAGCACGGGUAA